UUGCUUACCUAGGAGCCUUCGCCCCUAAGCUUCUGCAUAGACCGCCCCGCCUCCGUCUAUAAAUCCGCCUACCACUCGCAAGCUCGUCGUAUCGUUCACACCCACACGGCCGAUCACUCACUCGAGUCGAGUCCAAUCGAAUCCAAAAUCUUUGGACUUUGGAGGAAGAAGUGAAAAAGGGAGGCGGAGGAAAUCGAUGGAGGCGGCGGCGGCGCAAUCCGGCUGCGCCUGCGAGAUCACGCGCCUGCCAGAGGAGCUCCUCUCGGCGUCGAUCGCCCGCGCCGCGCCGCGGGACGCCUGCCGCGCCGCCGCGGUCUCGCCGGCCUUCCGCGCCGCGGCCGACUCCGACGCCGUCUGGGCCCGCUUCCUGCCGCGCGAAGUCCCGCCUCUCGCCGACGGGGAGCUCUCCCCCGCGCCGCCGUGCAAGAAGGCGCUGUUCAUGCGGCUGUGUGACAGCCCCGUCCUCCUCGCCGACGGCCUCACGAGCAUGUGGCUGGACAGGGAGACCGGCGCCAAGUGCUACAUGCUCUCGGCGAGGGCGCUGUGCAUCAUUUGGGGGCGGGGCGAUACGCCGCAGUACUGGCGCUGGAUCCCAUCACCGGUUCCAGACCGCAUCCCCCCGAAUCGAAUCCAUCGAAAGGGGGCGGACGAAUCUAUGGCGGCGACGACGGCACCCCCCUCCUGCGAGAUCGCGCGCCUCCCGGAAGACCUCCUCGCGGCGUCGAUCGCCCGCACCACGCCGCGGGACGCUUGCCGCGCCGCCGCAGUCUCGCCGGCCUUCCGCGACGCGGCCGACUCCGACGCCGUCUGGGCCCGCUUCCUGCCGCGUGACCUCCCGCCGCUCGCCGACGGGGAGCUCUCCCCCGCACCUCCGUCGAAGAAGGCGCUGUUCAUGCGCCUCACCGACAGCCCCGUCCUCCUCGCCGACGGCCUCAUGAGCACGUGGUUGGACAGGGAGACCGGCGCCAAGUGCUACAUGCUGUCGGCGAGGGCGCUGUGCAUCAUUUGGGGCGAUACGCCGCAGUACUGGCGCUGGAUCCCUCUCACCGACUCCAGGUUCUCAGAAGGUGCUGAGCUCCGGGUUGUUUGCUGGUUGGAAAUACGUGGCAAGAUACACUGCAAGAUGCUCUCGCAAAACUCAACUUAUACCACUUACAUGGUGUUCAAGAUUUCUGAUGAAUCCUAUGGGCUGGAUUCUCCACUCCAGGAGGCUGCAGUUAUCAUUGGGGAAAACAAAUUCACUCGUCAGGUUUGCCUCCAAGGUCAUGAGAAUGAGGGUGAGGAUGAAGAAGAGGUGCCUCAGAAUUACCGAUCUCUUAUGGUUCCAGACAUCCGACGAAGGUUAAGGAGAAGAAACUGUCGUAUUCCUCCUGGAGUGAUUGUGCCUAAGAAAAGGGCUGAUGGCUGGAUGGAGAUAGAGAUGGGUGAAUUCAAGAAUGAAGAAGGUGAAGAUGGUGAGGUGUCUAUCAGUCUCAUGGAGACAAUAGGAGGCAACUGGAAGAAAGGUCUUAUUUUGCAGGGCAUUGAAAUUAGAGCAAAGAAAUAAGACUGGGAGGGUGGGAUAUAGUCUUUGCACAUCAAAGUAAAUAAAUAAGGUGUUCUGCAGCAUCUUGCGUUGGUGUGCGAUGUGCUGUGUUUAGCAACGAGCUGCAAACUACACUCUAAAGGUGUGUCCAGGUUCUUUAGGGAAAACAAAGUACUGCAGUUUUGUACAAAUUAUGGUGUCCCAAAUCAGUUAGUGCUUGUCUGCUUGAUAACUGGCAACGUUUGGUUCAGAAAAUGUAACUAGGUAUUGCUGUUAAUUGGUGUUCCGACUCCCGGGACCCUGGACCUUGUUUGUAAGUUGCGAGCUGCUUUUGGAAAUGAAAGGAUCCAAUGUUAUCAUCAUAUUUGCUGUUAAUUAUGUUCCAACUCCCGGGACACUGGACCUUGUUUGUAAGUUGCGAGCUGCUUUUGGAAAUGAAAGAUUUGGAUCCAAUGU